GAGGCGCGUUCCAUCAACACGGCAUCCCGCUCUGCAACCAGAAGCUGUGGCUACCUGAACGAAAAGUGUGAAAAUAAAGGAACAGAAUAUUCUUAGAAAAUAAAAGAUAUGCUUGUGGACCCUGUGAAAUAAACUUCAUUCCUGCUGCACAACUUUAUACAAAAUAAAUAAAAACAUUCCAGAAAUCUUAAAGAACAGAAAGUUGAGCUUGUAAUAAUUCUAGAGCAAGUUUCAUGGUCUAUCUUUGAAUAAGAAUGGAUAUUCCCAGCAUCUCUGAAAAAAGAAUACAUUUGGUUAUUUUUUUAUGCCAAAUUAUUGCUGCAUUGGAUGUACCUCUUGAUUUGUCACAGCCUCCAACAAUAACACAGCAGUCUCCAAAAAAAUAUAUUAUUGACCCAAGAGAGAAUAUUGUAAUACAGUGUGAAGCAAAAGGAAAACCAUCUCCUACCUUUUCAUGGACACGUAAUGGAACUCACUUUGAUAUAGAUAAAGAUCCACGAAUAAGAAUGAAGCCUCACUCAGGGACUCUUUUAAUAAAUAUUAUUCAUGAAGGAGGAAGAGCAGAAUUAUAUGAAGGUGUUUAUCAAUGUACAGCAAGGAAUGUGCUUGGAGCAGCAAUUUCCAAUAAUAUCGUUAUAAGAGCAUCCCGAUCUCCUUUGUGGACUAAAGAAAAGCUAGUUCCAGUAAGAGUUACUGAAGGUCAAUAUGCAAUUCUUCCCUGCAGGCCACCAGCAGGAUUACCACCACCUAUAAUAUUUUGGAUGGAUAACUCUUUUCAAAAGCUGCCUCAAAAUAAUAGAGUUUCACAAAGUCUAAAUGGAGAUCUUUAUUUUUCUAAUAUAAUACAAGAAGAUAGCCGUGAAGAUUAUAUAUGUUAUGCAAGAUUUAACCACACUCAAACUAUUCAACAGAAACAACCGAUUUCAUUAAAAGUUGAACCAGUGGAUUCAUUGAAUGAAACAAUGAGUGCUAAUAUGAGUGACUCUGAUUUUUAUGGUGUCAGAUUUUAUUCAGAAAGACAGCCAACUCUUCUAACACCUGCUGGAAAUGCAAGUACCAAAAUUGAAUUAAGAGGAAACACUCUUAUGCUGGAAUGUAUUGCAGAAGGAUUACCUACGCCAUUAAUCCGCUGGAGCAAAGAGGGUGGUGACCUUCCUGUCAACAGGACUUUCUUUGAAAAUUUUCAUAAAACCCUCAAAAUUAUAGAUGUUUCUCAAGCUGAUUCAGGAAAAUACAAAUGCAUCGCAACAAAUCGUUUGGGUUCUGCUUAUCAUGUUAUUACAGUUAAUGUCAAAGCUGCCCCUUAUUGGAUAAGAGAACCUCCAAAUCUUGUAUUAUCUCCUGGAGAAGAUGGUUCCUUGAUUUGUAGAACUAAUGGCAAUCCUAAACCCAGCAUAAGUUGGUUAGCAAAUGGAAUUCCAGUUGAAAUUGCUCCUGAAGAUCCCAGUCGAAAAGUUGAUGGUGAUACAAUUAUUUUCACUAAUGUGCAAGAAAGAUCAAGUGCUGUAUACCAGUGUAAUGCCUCUAAUGAAUAUGGAUAUCUAUUAGCAAAUGCAUUUGUGAAUAUUUUAGCUGAACCACCAAGAAUCCUUACUCCAUACAAUAAACUUUAUCAAGUCAUUGAAAAUAAGCCUGCAUUGCUAGAUUGUGCUUUUUUUGGUUCACCUAUGCCUGAAGCUGAAUGGUUUCAAGGAGUGAAAGGUAGCAUUCUCCAGGGCAACCAGUAUGUUUUCCAUAAUAAUGGUACCUUGGAAAUUCUGAAAGCCCAGAAGAACAGCAGUGGCACGUACACCUGCAUAGCAAGAAAUAAACUAGGAAAAGCACAAAAUAACGUUCAGUUAGAAAUCAAGGAACCCACAAUGAUUAUUAAGCAGCCUGAAUACAAAGUAGUACAAAGGAUGGAGCAAGUUUUCUUUGAAUGUGUAAUUAAAUAUGAUGCAACAUUAAUACCUACAGUUAUAUGGUUGAAGGAAAACGAUGAAUUGCCAGAUGAUGGGCGGUUUAUUGUAGGUAAAUACAACUUGACCAUUAUGAAUGUGACUGAUAAGGAUGGUGGAGAAUAUACUUGCCUAGCUAAUACUACACUGGAUAGUGUUUCUGCAAAUGCUGUACUCACUAUUGUGGAUCGUCCUGAUCCACCUUAUGAUUUGGAAUUAACAGAUUAUUUAGAAAGAAGUGCUCAACUCACUUGGAUACCGGGCAAUGAAAAUAAUAGCCCCAUUACAAGAUUUAUUAUUGAAUAUGAAGAUGCUUUGCGUGAACCAGGAAUAUGGAAUUACCAAAUGGAAGUCCCUAGUAUGUUUACAACUGUAACGUUAAAGUUAUCACCAUAUGUGAAUUAUUCAUUUCGUAUAAUAGCUGUCAAUGAAAUUGGAAGGAGCCAACCAAGUGAAGCUUCUGAAAAGUACUUUACAAAACCUGCAAAGCCAGAUGACAAUCCUACUAACGUUCAAGGGGUUGGAACGGAACCUAAUAAUUUGGUGAUCACUUGGAAGCCUUUAACAGAUUUUCAGUCCAAUGGUCCAGGUCUGCAGUACAGAGUCAGUUGGCAGCAGAAUGAUGGUGAAGAUGAAUGGACAUCUGUUACAGUUGCAAAUGUAUCUAAAUAUAUUGUAGCUGGUACACCAACUUUUGUUCCAUAUCAGAUAAAAGUACAAGCAUUAAAUGACUUAGGACCUGCACAUGACCCAUUAACAAUAAUUGGAUAUUCUGGUGAAGACUUGCCAAUGAUUGCUCCAGGCAAUUUACAAGUGCAAGUUGUAAACAGUACAUUAGUGAAAGUGCAGUGGGAUCCAGUUCCAUUAAAGUUUGUCCGGGGUCAUCUUCAGGGAUACAAAAUUUACUAUUGGAAAGUCGAACAUUUAUCUGGAAAAAUUAAGCACCAUGUGGAAAAAAGGAUGUUGACUUUCAGUGGAAAUAGAACACAUGGAAUGGUGCCGGGACUAGAGCCGUUUAGUUCUUACAAACUGAAUGUAAGAGUGUUUAAUGGGAAAGGAGAAGGACCACCAAGCCAAGAUGAAACAUUUAAGACUCCAGAAGGAGUUCCCAGUGCACCCUCUUUUUUGAAGAUUACCAAUCAAAAUCUGGACUCUCUUACUUUGGAAUGGGGACCACCUUCUCAUCCAAAUGGUGUUCUGGUGGGAUACACAUUAAAAUUUCAACCAAUUAAUAGUACUCAUGAAUUAGGUCACUUGGAAGAGAUCGAUAUUGCUGCCAAUGAGACCAGCUUGAUUUUAAGCAAUCUGAAUUACAGCACUCGAUACAAGUUCUAUUUUUAUGCACAAACAUCAGUUGGAUCCGGAAGUCAAAUAACAGAAGAAGCAGUAAUAAUUAUGAAUGGAGUGCAGCCAGUGUAUCCAAGGAUCAAAAAUGUUACGGCAGCAGCUGCUGAAAUUUAUGCCAAUAUCAGUUGGGAAUAUGAGGGUCCAGUUCAUGAGAACAUUUAUGUUGAAUAUGGUGUGGCAGGCAGCAAAGAAGAAUUGAAAAAAGAAAAUGUUAAUGGUUCUCGGAGCUUCUUACUCUUAAAAGGAUUAACACCAGGAACUUCAUAUAAAGUCCGGGUUGGUGCUGAGGGUCUUUCUGGUUUUAGGAGCUCAGAAGCUAUAUUUGAGACAGGUCCAGCAAAGGCAAGUCGGCAAGUCGACAUUGCCACUCAAGGAUGGUUCAUUGGUCUUAUGUGUGCAGUUGCUCUUCUCAUCUUGAUUUUGCUCAUUAUUUGUUUCAUAAGGAGAAAUAAAGGUGGAAAAUACCCAGUGAAAGAAAAAGAAGAUGCACAUGGUGAUCCAGAAAUACAACCUAUGAAAGAAGAUGAUGGAACUCUUGGUGAAUAUAGUGACGCGGAUGAUCACAAGCCUCUGAAAAAAGGAAGCAGGUCACCCUCAGACAGGACUGUGAAAAAGGAAGAUAGUGAUGAUAGUUUAGUUGAUUAUGGAGAAGGAGUCAAUGGCCAGUUCAAUGAGGAUGGCUCCUUUAUUGGACAAUAUAGUGGGAAAAAAGAGAAAGAACCUGCAGAAGGAAAUGAAAGUUCUGAAGCUCCUUCCCCAGUUAAUGCAAUGAAUUCAUUUGUCUAAUUAAAUAAACUAUUCCAUAUCAACAUCUACAUCACCUUUAUAUUUGUUCCCCUAAUUACAGAUAAGAAAAGAAACAAAUAUUCUAACCAAUGAAGUGUUUUUUCCUAUAAGUGCAUAUAGAUGAAACUGCUAGAAUUUAUAACAAAAGUAAAUCUAAAUCAGAAUGCAAAACUUGAAGCAUUUUACACAGCAUUUGUUUAUAAAGAUGUUAAGAUGAGGAACCCUUAAUGUGUGACCAAGUUAAUACUGCAAAUGCAGUAUAAUGCAUGCAAAGUGUUGCAUAUAUAUAAAAAAAAUCAGUUAUGCCAGUGAAAAUGGUUUUUCAUAAUUUGUUAAACAGUCUUCAACUAAAUCCCUCAAGUCCAUUCCCAUUGUCAGAGUGUUAUAGUAGUAUUAUAUAGAACUUCAAUGUCUUUGUGGACAUUGCUGUGAAAUUGGUGACAAUGUCUAGCUUAAUGUCAUUAUGUCUCUUGCAAGACAAUUAGGAACAGGAUGUACAGUAUAUGAUUGAAAAUGACUAAGUAUGACACAUUUUCUGAUGCUAACUGAGAUUCUGAUACCUGCCUUUUCUUUCUCUUAUUUUAUAAGCUUUUUAAUUACAAAGUAUUACUGCACCACAGUCUUCUAUUUUUUGAAAUAUAGUACCCAUUGGGUUUUACAUUUUCUUUUGUUAUAAUUCAUUUUGGAGUUGUACAUUUAUAGAUGUAACAUUUUCAAAUUAUAAAAAGUUAAGACCAGAAGUGUACAUGGCAAAAUAUAUUC